AUGGCUAAUAAAAAAUUCUAUACAAAACAAUUGAAAACGAUAACAGUGCUGCUUACUUUAUAUUUGUGUUGUUUAUUAAUGCCGUCAACGGUUAAAGCUGAAAUACGUUCUCGCGGUGCAAAUAGUGUUAAUACAAAUAAUAACAAAAACAAACAUGAAGGCCAUUUAUUAAAAAAAAUAACAGAUGAAGGUGAUGCCACAAUAUCACCAGCUUCAUCAUCGUCUGCAACAACUUCCUCUCAUACUAAUACGGAUUUUAUGGAUAAACUUUCUUGGAAAUGUGCCAACAAUGCCAGUUGUUUAUAUUCCUUGGCCAGUGGCAUUUUAAGCUCCUAUCGUCGUGGUGAAACGGUUAAAUUUGGCUUUUUGGAUUUAGUGAAAUUGCCAACGUCGACCCACAAAGCACAACCUAAAUUGAAUUCCAAGUCAGCUGAAACCGGUCGCAGUAUGUCGACUUUUGUUGACUUCAUCAGUGGCAAUGCCAUUCGUAUACCGGUUGGCCCCAUGGUCUUUAGUGUGCAACGUGCUGAAGAUGAUGACAACUAUAUUGAAGUUGCUCUAUUGAAAAAAGCCAGAAGCAGUACAGCUCGUCUGGGUGGUGGCGGUGGUGAUGGAGGCGGCUUACUUGGCGGUGGUGGAGGAGGUGGUGGAGGUGGCGGAGGCGGUGGUCACGGUCAUGGCAUUAUACAACGCAUUAAGGAAAACAAAGAUAAGGAUGAUAAGAAGCAAAUGCAAAUGUAUAUACCCAUGUAUUUGGCUGCUACUACGUUUGGCUGGACUAUGGUGGCAGCCAAAGCUGUGGGUCUAUUAACACUUAAGGCCUUGGCCAUAUCGAAAAUAGCAUUUGUGGUGGCAGCUAUGGUUCUGAUGAAAAAACUUAUGGAAAAUGCAUCAGACAAAAUGAUGUACCAGUAUCCGGAACAGUCCCCCUAUAUGAUGCCCUACAGCAUGGAUUAUGGCAUGCACUCGAUGGCUGCAGCUCCAGCUGAUAUGGCUGCUGCAGCAGACAUGUAUGGCGGUGGUAUGCCCAUGCAUGCUGCUAUGGCACCUAUGCAAGGACAUCAGGGACAUCCGGGUUAUGAGCAUUUAGCAGCCGAAAGUUCGGUUCAUCAAAAUAUAGCGGAUAUUCAAAAUAAUACCCAAGUGAUGGCAGCACUAAAUGCUGCGGGUCUGGGACAAGCUAAAGUUAAACGCGAAGACUCAUGGCUGGCUAGAAAGCCCCUUAAGCACUUUGCACUUAAUGCACGAAUACCGCACAAGCGUUUACCUCAUUUUAUAGCGAAACAAAAAAUCAAUUUAAAUGAGUUAAACUCUUAUGAUGAUUUUAUCACAGUGGCAGCAGUUGCAGCUGCUGAGGUGGUGGUGGAAGAAAAUGAAAAACGUCUUAAAUUUAAGUCCGAUUUCUUUGGUGAAGACAUGGACGACGAGGAUGAGGAGGAUGAUACUGUUUUUAAUGGCGAAGAAAGUAUUAAAGACACAUUAAAAUUUUUGGGUAUGGAAAUACGUAAAAAGAAGUAG